CUGCAUCGCACUUAAACCAAGACAACGUAGCAGAAAUUGAAAAGGGAGACCACGUAUGUCUAUAAAGUCGGGAUUAAAACAUGCAGAUACGAGCAGAAAGAUAGGAAUCCCCCACGCAUAUAAAAAUAGGUCGACACGCAGGUUAUGUAAUAAGUACGGGACGAGGGUUGUUUACUUGUUAUUGCCGUUGAAACGUAGCCUGAUUUUUUUUCUUUUUUACAAUGGGUCGAAUAUGUUAUUUAAACCAAUGAAAUCUUCUCAACGUAUAUACAUUGUUGUUGACUUUGCAGAUUCAUGCAUUCCUCGCCAGGACACUGUGGAAAAUAUGGGAGUCGAAUUCAUUACUGUUUACAGUAACCCGCGUGAUGAUAAGCAGUUCUUCUCUGCCGCAGAGCCAGCCGAGGCUGAGUGUAGCAACGUCACAUGUUGUUUUCCUCAAACACUCGCAGUGAGCCGUCAUGUUCAUCCAUCGCUGCGGACCGGAACGACGCGCAUCCCGAAUAUAGUUUGUUUCAUGCGGUUUAUUUCGUGUUUUUGGAUCUCUUUUUUUAAGAAGAUAGUGUAAUAAGUUUUGCGCCUGGUAAAAGGUAAACGUUGGACAACAACAACAACAAAAAUGGCAAGUCCUCCCGCGACGGGUGGACACCUGUUUACGAACAACGUCAAAAAGUGCGGAUACCUUCGCAAGCAGAAGCACGGCCACCGACGGUUCUUCGUUCUGCGGGAGCACGGCGACUGCUCUCCCGCGAGACUCGAGUACUACGAGAGCGAGAAGAAAUGGAAGAACAAGUCCGCCGCGAAACGGAUCAUAACUUUAGACUCUUGCCUGUGCGUCAACAAGCGGGCGGACGCCAAACACAAGCACCUCAUCGCCCUCUACACCAAGGACGAGUACUUCGCCGUGGCGGCCGAGAACGAGAAGGAGCAGGAGUGCUGGUACGGGGUCCUGUCGGAGCUCAUCACCGAGGGCAAGAUGUUCGACAGCCCGGCGUCCACGUCGUCAUUGGUGGGCUUCGAGGAGGCGAACUACGGGCUCGUCACGCCCGCCACCUCCGUGUAUAGGGAGGUAUGGCAGAUCAAUUUGAAAUCCAGAGGACUGGGUCAGAUCAAGAAUCUGACCGGAGUGUACCGACUGUGUUUGUCCAGUCGCACGAUCAGCUUCGUGAAAAUAAACUCUGACGUGGCGGCUGUCAGCUUGCAGCUCAUGAAUAUUCGACGAUGCGGCCACUCGGAUACUUUCUUCUUCAUCGAAGUGGGCCGUUCCGCCGUCACGGGGCCCGGGGAGUUCUGGAUGCAGGCGGAGGACUCUGUGGUGGCGCAGAACAUCCACGAGACCAUCCUGGAGGCGAUGAAGGCGAUGAAAGAGCUGUCGGAAUUCCGACCGCGCAGUAAAAGCCAGUCCGCCAGCACCAACCCCAUCUCCGUCCCCACGCGACGCAACCUCAACAACCUCCCCCCGAGCCAAACUGGUCUCGUGCGGAGAUCCAGGACCGACAGCGUCGCCGCCACGUCCCCGGGUCGCAAGUUCACGUCCUGUCGGAUCCGAACGGCCAGCGAGGGUGACGGUGGCAUGGCCCGCCCGGUGUCCAUGUCCAUCUCUCUGAGCGAGAGCCCCACCAGCCCCCACUGCGGUCCCUCCCACUUGAUCCGCUCGGCGACCCUGAGCAGCGGACGGACGUGCCGGAUGCUGGACUCCAACCUGCACCACAGCCGCUCCAUGCCCGUCUCGCACUCCCCUCUGGCGGGGUCCAGCCCCAUCAGCAUGUCCCCGUGCAGGGGCGCGCCCGCCAACAACGCCUCCACCCCCGACCUCAAGGCCCGCCGCCCCUUCAGCUGCAGCGCCUCCAUCUCGGGCUCCCUGAGCGACACGGGCUUCAUCCUGGGGGAGGAGUUCGGCUGCAGCCCCGGAGACCCCCGCUUCCUGCCGCUGACCCGCAGCGACACGCCCGACUCCCUGUGCAGCACGCCGCCGUCCCGGGACCCCGGCGAGCCCCUCUGCGGGUACAUGAUGAUGGAGGGGACGGGCCCCCGCGGCCGGGGGGGGGCCGACACCGACGACGACAAGGCGUACCGGAAGCGCACGUACUCCCUGACCACGCCGCGGCAGCACCGGCCGGUGGCGCCGGCGCUCUCCUCGGCCUCGCUGGACGAGUACACGCUGAUGCGCACGGCGGCGGCGGCGCAGCUCUCGGCCUCGCCCAAAGUGGCGUACCCGGAGGACUACGGCGCCGUGGUGAUCGGCGCGGCGCCCUCGCCGCCGUCGUCGUCGUCGUCGUCGUCCCCGACGCCGCGCAGCCUCGACGACGGUCACCGCGGCAACAACAACAACCACCAGCGCCAGGAGGAGGACGGCGGCUACGUGCCCAUGACGCCGGGCGCGGCGGUGGCGGCGAGGGCGGACGGCAAGACGGACGACUACAUGCCCAUGAGCCCCAUGUGCGUGUCGGCGCCCAAGCUGAUUGUCAACCCCCGGACGCACGACGGCGGCCGCAAGGCGGGGUCCCCGGGCGGCGGUGGCGGUUCGUCGGAGGACUGCGGCUACAUGAGGAUGUGGCGCGGCGCCGUGGACAGCCCCGACGGCCGCGCCCAGGCCCCGCUCGGCGGGGAGUACAUGAACAUGUCGCCGGGCAACCCGCCCCCCCUGCAGACGCCGCCCGACUACUACUGCCUGGGCCCCCUGCCGGGAGCCGCGGCCACGGGCAGGGGGCCACAGCCCGCCCGGGCGCAGACCCCCCGGGCCAAGGAAGGCGACGCCCCCGGCGGCGGCGGCCAGUACGUUCUGAUGAGCCCCCAGAGCCAGCGGCCGCAGGGCGGGGAGGCCGACUACUACGCCGUGAUGCAGCCGGCCCCGGGCUCGCCGGCGCACUUGGCGGCGGCGGCGGCGGCGGCGCCCUCUCCAGCACGCCAGGGUCGCCCCGAGGGCGGCCUGGCGUUCCGGCCGCGGCCGGGUCGGCCCAACCGGCUGGCGCUGGACGCUGUGAGGACGCUGCCCAGCAUGAACGAGCACCCGGCGCCCGGCGAGCCGCGCAGCCCGGGGGAGUACAUCAACAUCGACUUCGACGGCCGCCGGUGCUCGCCGCCCUCGCCGGCGGCCGCCGGGGGCGGGGCCUCGGCGGGGGGCCCGCGGCGGACCCCGCUGUCGGGCUACAUGAACCCGGAGCCGGGGGCGCACUCGCCCCGGGAGGCGGCGGAGGCCGGCCUGCCGCAGCCGGACGAGCUCCCGGAGGCGUCCAUGUGUCCGUUCCAAGAGGGGGGCGGGGCCUACCGACGGGACGGGGGACAGAAGGCCCCAGAGGCCAAGAGCGAGUACACGGAGAUGACCUUUGGCCCCCCGGGCCCGCCUCUGCAUGUCGUCCGUCCGACCCCGGCAGCGGGCCCGAGCGGCGUCGGGGACCGGAGCCUCUCCAUGGAAGACCCGAGGCUCCCGGAGGUCCUCGGGGCCUUCCUGCUGGGGGCCUCGCCCCCCCCGGACCCGGACCGCGCCGCCAAGGUGAUCCGGGCCCACCCCCAGGGCCGGCGGCGCCACAGCUCCGAGACCUUCUCGUCCACGGCCACCGUCACGCCCGUCCCGCCCUCCUUCGCCGCGGGCGCCGCUGGCGCCGCCCUCCGGCGGCACAGCUCCGUGGAGAACGUGUCGUCGCGGAGCAGCGAGGGGUCCGACGAGGAGUGCGGCAGCCCGCCCGGCCCGCCCACCACGUUCGCGGCGGCGGCGUCCGGCGGCGGCGGCGGCGGCGGCUUCCACCGCAGCGGCCUCAGCAGCUACAUGGCGCUGAACCUGCUGGAGAAGAACGCCGGCGCAGAGAAGCUCAAGGACGCGGGCGGCUUCAAACCCGCCAACAGCUGCAAGGGAGGGGUCAGUGGAUUACACGCGGCGCCCUACGUCUGUCUGGGGUUCAAGGAGGCGGCCACCACUGCACAAGACUGAUGGCUGAACUCUGACCUCUGUGACCCACCCGCACCCCACACACAACGUACCACCUGCUCAACCUUCUCCAUGUCUCCCGGGGACGACCCAGAAGUGUCUGGACACUCGGCAACAUGGAGCCUCCACCUCCACCUCCUCCUUGCCCUACAAUACACAAUGCACUCAUGUCUGGUAUUUGGCUGACAAACAAGUCAUGAACUAUGCAUGUGAUGAAUGCACGGAAUGUGUGUGUGUGUGUGUGUGUGUGUGUGUGUGUGUGUGUGUGUGUGUGUGUGUGUGUGUGUGUGUGUGUGUGUGUGUGUGUGUGUGUGUGUGUGUGUGUGUGUGUGUGUGUGUGUGUGUUGAAAUGUCGUGUCCCGUGACCGGACAGAGACGGUUAAGUAACAUAGCAACUACACAAGCUUAGAGCGGUAUACUCCACUUUUUUUGUGAGUGUGCCUGCAGCCACCCAAGACUGUGCACAUUUCACCCACCACAGACACAGAACCCCUACCACACACAGGAGGAUAUAGAAAUAUAUAUAUAUAUAUAUAUGAUAAACGUAUAUAUCUGAAUUUGUAUUUAUUUUUGGAAGAUUAAUAUUUGAUAAAGACCAGCCUUACUUGCUUAAUGUCUAUAAUGCCCUUGUGUUCUUUUCACAUUUUCUUUCUAUGACCGAUAUAUUUUAAUGUCUAUUUCAGGACCUAGAAGUCUCGCUCUAUAUCUUUUAUUAUUAUCUUGUCAACAGUAAAAUACCUAGUUUACUAAUAGGAAAGAGAUAUAUUAUGAUUUUCUGAAAUGAACAGUGGGAAUGCUUCCGAUGGAAUCGAUGGAAUCAUCACGAAAAACAAAAUAUUUUCUUAGUUCCUAAAUUCUGUAUUUAAUCUAUCUUAGCUUAUCUUUAUUUUUUUCCGUAAUAUGUACUUUAUUUUUUUCAUCCCGAUCUACGCAUUGGGCACAAAGAACUAUAUUUGUAGACGUUGUUUUCAGAGUUAUCGGGAGUUAACGCGAGAGUUAUUGGGAGGGUUAACGUUUAUCCUCGUGCGCCAUCUCAGGUGCCCGUGGGAAUCCGAAUCUACUGCGCCUUUUUCUCGCACGUUCCGUAAGACCCCUGCUGCUCUACGACCGACUCUGCACACACACCCUGACCAACCUCCAAGCACUCCUACUACCUUCGUCUGGCUGUCGAAAGAUCGACCCUCAAUCACUGCUUUAUAUCGGAUGGUAAAAAAAUCGGAUGUUUUUUUUUUUUUUUCUGUUGUGCGAGUCUAAUAUUUGUCUUGUGCUGUUCAACGGUUAAAGUUUGGCUUGAGCAGACGGUGGCAGCAGUGUGUGAUGGGACGCUUUUUCGGCGAAUCGUAUUUGUUGAAGCCCAGAAAUUGACCUGCGCGUUAUUUAUUUACGUAAUUCAGUGGCAGCAUUUGCCCCCUCAUUUGUGCUCAUUUGGCUCGCAAACGAAUGGUCAAUUGCUAAUGGUUAGCGCUGGCGUCAAGGUCUCACAGAGCACAGAUUGUAAAACACACACACACACACACACACACACACACACACACACACACACACACACACACACACACACA